AUGAACCGUGAGCUGAGCCUCACGAAGAUAUUUAUCACCUUGUUCACACAAAAUCACUCCUGGGAGACAGCCAGAAAAGGUGCAUCAUGGCCACUAGUACUGCUGUAUGGCAGACUCACACUGGAUGAUAGGUUAAACAGAACGCAGCGCAUACCACAAAGCUCCAAAAAGGCUUUCAAUGGGACGAAUAUAAUUGUGGAUUAUGUAUGGAAGGCUUCGUUAGGAGUACGGGUAUUCAACAUCGACGCUGCUAUUACAAACAACCACUGCGUAACGAACAGCAUGAAUUAUAUGCGGAAGUUGACACAAACGAGAGCGUGCUGCAUGAAUGAUGAGAUGUCUGAUCCCUGGACUGAGGACUUUGGAGGGAGGAUGAAAGGGGUUAUAUACCAAGGCGAGAAGUGGCAAGUUGACCAUGUAUUCGUGUGGAAGAUCUCGCAACCGAGUACCUUGACACUUGAGCUGAAUACCGGACUUAUCGUCCAAGUCUCACCAAAUGCUUUGCGACUCCAUGCUUGA